UAUUUGAUCGCGCUAUUGUGUAACUGGACAAUUACGGAUUUCGAAGAGAGUUGUAUGCAAGACGACUGAUACCGAAUAUAUCUGUUUUUACCCUUGUGUCGUGGUGUGUGAUUCGGUGGAAAGUCCCGGGUUUAACAUUUGGAAAGAGCGCUCAUGUCAGGGUUAACAUGGUUGCUACUGAUGUUUAUAUUGUAACGGUUGUUAUUUAAUGUCGGGGAUUUACACUCGCUUAAUAGAUGUUGGACUGUGUUAAUGAUAUGUUACAACAUACGCCAUUAUUAUAUCAUUCUUUACUUCAGCCAAUCACGCUGCCUCCUUGAUCUACCCAGCAAAAUUCUUGAACCGAGAACACGCCGUCACCCUCUACAGGGAUGUCAAAGUCGUUUCGCAGCUGAGGGGUGCCUGCAAUGCGUUUCAGAGGCAGGCCCGCGCUGCGCAGCCCACGCAAGAGGACCUUGUCAAUGCAAAUAAGUGGUUGCCAUGGUAUGCUGCAAUGAUAAAUCCAAUAAGUAGUUCGAAUAACUAGUUCGAAUCCGGCUCUGGGUUCAGUUCUGGACUGGAGGUUGGGGUUGAAAGAGGAUAGAACUUGUUUCGCCUGCAUUUCCACUCUUUAACAGUCUCCUAACACUUCACUUACAAUUUAUAGGGAGGGGAUACCUGUGUGCUAUUCGUAGAAGUAGGGAACAGUUACCUCUCUCAGAACCCAGAGAACUUGAAACUGGUUACUCACGGUUUCAUGUGAUUCAUUGCAGGGAUGAGGUGAUUCAGUGCGUGUCUCCUAACACUUCACUUAGAAUUUAAAGGGGGGGAUGACUGUGUGCUAUUCAUAAGAGUAGGCAACAGCUCCCCGUAUCACGGCUAGCUAUCUCUCACAGAACCCAGAGAACUUGAAACUGGUUACUAAUGGUUUCAUGUGAUUCAUUGCAGGGAUGAGGUGAUUCAUUGUGUGGACAUGCAGACAGAAAGAUUUGACAUGGCACGCUCACAGAGUGCCAAGGCUAGGGAGAGCAGGAAUCUGCUGUCGAUCGCGCUUUUCGUAUUGAUACCUCCUUCCAGAGGACAAGAGAUCCGGACACUGCGAAUUGCCCCGUCCGGUGACAGAGAACACGUCCAGGGACUGAAUUCAUUAGUCUUGAAUUCAGAUGGCACCCUCAUGUUCAGAUUCGAGGAUUACAAAACAUAUGGCUCUCAUGGGGUUGAUGUCACAAAUUUGCCAGAAGAUCACAGAUUGAACGUCAUCAUAAGGGAAUAUCUGGACAAAUACAGAGAUAUUCUUCUCGACGCCUCUGACGAUGGCACAACCAACAAUUUUCUUCUCCUGAAAAGUUAUGACUCUUCAGUUUCCAAUUAUAUUUCUUCAAAGGGCUCACUGAUCUUCUUGGAACUAGUGAUUGUUGGAUAG